AUGCAUCUCCAGCCUGGACCCAGUGCCCUCACCGCUAGCUCACCUCUCCUCACUGAACCAACUUGCUACUUGCAAGCCUUAGAAUACCCUGAAUGGUGUGGUGCAGUGGCAGCAGAGUUUAAUGCUCUAAUUCGUAAUGGCACAUGGUCUCUUGUUCCACGAUCGCCUCAUAUGAACCUGGUUGGUUGUAAGUGGGUUUUCAGAAUUAAAAGGAAGGCUAACAGUUCUCUCGAACGCUACAAGGCACGCCUUGCUGCAAAGGGGUUUCAUCAACAAGAAGGAUUGGACUACAAUGAGACAUUCAGUCUCAUGGUCAAGCCUACCACGGUCCGAUCUAUCUUAGCCAUUACAGUCUCCAAAGGUUGGCCCUUUUUCCAGUUAGAUGUCAACAAUGCCUUUCUGCAUGGCAUUCUUGAUGAAGAGGUUUUUAUGGUUUAG